CCGCGGCCAACCGUCUUUUUCAUCUGUUGGAGCACCCAACUCGCCAUCCGCCCCGAUACCUCUUCAGCUCUGAGGGUAUUCCCACUGCCCCCCAUCACCACUGUCUACACACUGCCCCUGCCGGCAUCCCGACAUAUCCAUCUCACUGCUCGACACGCCGUGCAGCAUCCACCCACGCAACAAACUGAAGUGUGUCUGUUCCUGCGCAGAGUCGAUACACCAUCACAACCUAGCCGCCACUGCUAUUGGCUCGUGGACGGUUGCCCACCUCACUUACACUACAAGUGAUUCUAGCCCGCCCCCUGCUCUGACUCUCCAUCACGUUGAGUUCUCAAGCGGCCACAAUUUAUCUUGCCCGUCCAUUCCUUUCGCGGCGACGCCCGCCUGCCCGCCCGCCCGCUGCAGCUCACAGGCCAGGCCCAUCGCUGCUGGAGCACUGAAGCGCGGUUCCCACUAAUCCACUACCAUACCCAUCAACCCAAGGCGUAUUUUUUGUGCCCGCAGAACGAAACACACAAUCGCCAAACCGCAACGCGUCUCCCGAACGAGAGUCCCGUCCUGCUCUGCGCCAGCGACGCCCAUCCGGUCCCUGACCCCCAGACGAGACCCUUCUCCCCAACUGCCAUUGCCCCGCCGGCACCGCCCUACCGGUAGCUCUGACGACAUCCUCGGAUAGCCUGCCGCCUCUGCCAGACCCACGACCGGGUUGCACUCUUCGCCGACAUGGACAAUAAGCGGAAAGCCAGCAUCUCCAACGGCGCCCACAUCCAGAAUGGCGACGACCGCGCUGCGAAGCGCACCAAGAAGGAACCAGGCCCCUACACGGAUUACGAUCUCAAUCAGGAAGAGACCCAUGAGUCCACUACCGCAUAUGGCCUGCACUUCCUCGAGAUGAUUCGUAGGACGAAGGACAAGAGUGGACGGACUGUCGCCGACUGCUUCGAAGAUCUCAUCCCGCGCGAAGGGAACGAAGACUACUACAGGCGCAUCAAGCUACCCAUAUCUCUCAAAACAAUCGAGCGCAAACUGCACAACCAGGACUUUGCAAACUUGUCGGAGCUGGAGGGUUACUUCAAACGAAUGGUUAUGAACGCGAAAGAAUACUACAACAAAGGCUCCGACAUCUUUGAGGACGCAGAACGCGUUAGGAAAGCACUCAGCAACUACAUGACCAAGACGAAUCCUGCCUACAAGCGAGAAACCGGCUAUAGCUGCACCGCAGCGCCGAUUCCUGGGGAGGAAGACGAUGAAGAGAGCAAGAACGCGAGUCAAAACGGUACCAAAAGGCACUCUUCGAACAGCUCGACAAACGGCUCUGUCAAAUCUGUGCGGAAACGCGAAUCUCCUUCGGUACAGGAUACCCAGGGCGAGGAUGAUGUUGAAGGCGAAGAUGAUGACCACGAUGACGACCGCGACGAGAGCGGCGACGACGACAAUGAGAACCCACGAAGGAUUGUUAUCAAGAGGCGCGAAAGUGGCAGACCAGCGGCCAGAAGCACAGCCUCGCCAGUACCCAUGUUUAAGCCUGGUAGAGGCGGCAGGAAAAAGGCAGACCAUGAGUACGAGAAUGUACCCUACAAAAGCCUCAACUUCCAGCAAGCACAGGAGAAGAUUGUGGAGGAGCUUAUUCGCAAGCCGGAUGGAUCUGACCCGUAUUUCCUCGACUUUAUCAACCUUCCUCCAAGGAGCUUUAAGGACUACUUUGCUGUCAUCACUGAGCCCCUUUCCCUCAAGGGCCUGCAGAAGCUCGUCAAGGGCAUCUACGGUCGCGCUAGUCCGACAGGUGUGAGCGAGUUCAAGAGUUGGGCUGCAUUCGAGGAGAAGGCCAGCCUUCUCUGGAACAAUGCUCACUAUUAUAACGAAGAGGGAAGCGUUAUCUACGACCUUGCGACGGAAUUGAAGAACUGCUUUGAGAGAGAGUUGGAUCAAGCCAAGGCAGUCGUUCAAGAACCGCCACAGCCCCCCAAGAUUAAACUGAAGGUCGCCCCCGGCUCGGAAACUCCAAGUGUGAGUGGUCCAAAGAAGAUCACCAUUCAUGUGGGCGGCUCUCGGGGUAGCGCUGCCGCCUCGCCAGCGCCCCCAACUGGCCAAUCCAUUGAUUCCAACUAUAGCCAUGGAGCUGUCAAUGGCAAUAGAGUUGUCCCGUCUGCAGUUCCCAUUAUACCUCAAGAUAAAGUCAGGAGUCUGUCCACCUCCGUGGUACCAAGCCCUGCCGUCACUCAGGCUAAGCUCGAGGGGGGUGUUCAACAAUCGCCUGUGCCCCUACCGCCCCAAGCGGGCGUGAAUGGGGUUGCCGUGGGACCCGGAACCUUGACGCCGGGAAUCAAUUCGCAACAGGCAGGUUCUGCAGUGUUUCAAAACGGUCAUGUGCCCGUUGUAGCACCGCCCCCGCCCCCGCCUAUAUGGGAUAAGAUACACCGUGCUCCUGGUCGAGGUCUUGCCGAUGCCCUUAUCCAUAGCAUCCUGAUUCGUACCCAUCCAAGCAUCCCCCUCGAGAGGCGGUUUAGACUUGAAGUUCCGGCUCAUCCAAGAUUGGCCCAGCAGAACUUGACUGUUCAUCUGCCCACUAAUCAUAGCAGACUGCAGCUUAUUCCACGACUGUCUCCCAUCCUGGAGCAGCAACAACGACAAUAUCGCCUUUUCAUCACCAUUAAUGGUUCAAUGGUGGGAAGGGCGACUCCCUUACCGAUUCCUGACGACCCGCUGCCCGUGAAUGCGAUAGUAUUUGACCUUCCGUUGCAGCCGGGUACGACAGUGAUCAGUGUCACAAUGAUUGCAGCCCUUCCAAAGGGCCAGAAGCUCCCCAGUGGCGCCGAGUGCGAGCUGGAGAGGAUUUCUGUCAAUGCCUUUUUACCUAGGGUGUAACCGCUCGUUUGAACGUGCACCCAUCUCAAAUGUUGUUGUCUGGUAUUAUUUAGAUACCUUUUUAAUUUCUUUUCAAGAUCUGGUUGGUUCUCAGGCAAUGCUGGGGAGGUUAUGGUUCAAGGAUUGGGCGUGGUCUUGGUCUUGUCCGGCGCAAGACAGUCGAGACAUUGCGAAAGUGUGGGUUGGCUAGCGUCAAAUUACUUACAUUAUGGAGUUUAGGGACGGUGGGAUGUGGAAUACAAUGCGUUCGGCUCGGUCAUUUGGUACUUUCUCUCCAUGAUGGGAGUUGUUGGUCGGCUUGCAUGAAAUAACGAGAUGGUGCGGUGACAGAGAGCGACUAUACGGAUGGUAAUGGAUGAAUCAAGCGGCCAUUGCCGGAGCAUCAUGUUGUUAUGUAUGAUAUACGUGACAAAUGGGGGAUAUCCAAACAGCCAAUUUUUACAAGCCAGUCGGCGACGACAUUUUGCAACAAGUAUGGGAAAUUAGACAAGCACCGGUUUGCACCUUGACCCAUUGUUUGGGGAGUCAUUAUUGAGUACC